UCGACGCAUGUAAACACCAACUGCAAGUCAAUAUUGUACAGCUGUAUUGGCGUCCUGUAUGAGGACCUCUCAAUCACUUUUUCUUAAUUUGAAAGACCUUGUUCUGUUACUUUUCGUGAUGGUCUUGUUGGUGACAAGUUUCCGAAACUACAAUAAAAACUUCUGUUGAAACAUCCUAAAUGCUAUUGCAGCGGUUGGAGUAUGCGUGUAUAUGGUUUGGUUGCUUAUCGUAUACAUGUAAUUAUUAUACCACAACGUCUUUAUUUUUGUCCUUGAGGUUGUUUACGAAAUGACAACUGUCUCUUGGCUCCACUUAAUUUGCCGGAACCUUUUGUGAGAAACACCAGCGCUUUGAAGAGUUGCCACACUGAAUGCCCAUGAACUGCCAAAAAAAUUGCGUCUGCCAAGCUUCUUAUCACAGAGAUGCAAUAGAUAUUUAUUACACCGUUUCCCACCAUGAAGAUACAAUUCCAAAAAACCUUAGGAACACGCAAGAUCAACAAACAGUUUUUAGGGAGAAAUUUUUCCCAUCCAAGCCGUGGCAUGGGCUCCUAACAACAAGCGCUUAGCAUUCUGUGAUGAUGACCGAUCUGUAUGGGUAUACGGUGACGAUGGGGAAUAUCAUUUUCAUUUUCCCACCAAACCCGUCGAAAAAGAGUUUGGCAAGAACAGUUUUAUCGUAACAUGUAUGGAUUUCGCUCCCGACUCGUUGCGACUUGCUGUUGGGCAAAGCGACGAAGUGGUUUACGUUUACCGACUGCCCAAAGAACGAGACAAAAGUGAGCUCGCGGUCGUCGGGAAAUACGCACAAUUCAGUCCGGUAACGUGCUUGCUGUGGACCAGCCGCGGAACGCUUGUGUAUGGUCUUCAGGAUGGAAAGAUUAGAUGUGCUUCCGGGAGCAAAAACUCGGAUACCUUGCACCAAACCGACGUUACUGUUGUGCAAGUGUUAGCAAACCAAGCUGGAACCGUGCUGGUCUCCGCACAUAACGAUGGCUCCAUUUUCACGUACGUCCUCGAUAACGAGACCUUUCAACACGCCAAGAAAAUCCUCACAUCGCCGCGACCCACUUCCUGUGUGACGUUUGCCGGGGAUUCCUUGUUGAUCGCCACAUCCGACAGUGUGGUCACCGUGUAUGAUCUGACUGGCAAGAGGCUGCAGGAGAUCGCGGCCCCCACUCAAGGGAGAUCAUGGCAGCCGAUGACGGCGGCUGCCGCCCCCAACGGACAGUACGCCGUGUUUGCCGCGUUUGACCGAUUGCGACUGUUCAGCUUUGUCUCGCGGAAAGGCACCUGGGUAGAAAAUGAUCCGGUUGUCGUGGAGAACUUGUACCUGGUGCCGGCUUUAAGCUGGAAGAAAGACGGAACGAAAUUGCUAGCAUCGUCCUUGUUCGGUGUUGUGGACAUGUUCGAUUGCGCAUUACGGAAACGGUUAACUCAGGACAAAUACGAAAUUACACACAUUGCCGGAGAUCAAGUUUUGAUUCGUGAUAUCGCGUCGGAUAAACGGUUCUCUCUGCGCAGCGAAUCCGGCGCGGGUAUCAACAAAGUGGCGGUGCUGAAAGACUUCCCUUUGGCCGUUGCCAGUACUUCGACGCAUUUGAUCCUGAUGAGCAUGGAGGAUGGUGCAACAAGCGAGGUGUCGUGGAACUGGAAAUCCUCACCGGAUAUGAAACCCAGCUUCCAUUUGGACGGUCACGGCUGUGUAGUGUAUUACGACAACAAGCUGUCCGUCAUCGAGCUGUGGCGCAACGAAGUCCUCGUCACCGUGGCCACUCCCAACUUCUACAGCCGCUUUUUCAGUCUGCAGAUGAACAGCAAUCCCAAGGUGUUCGUCUGUCUGCCCAAUCGGAAAACCCUUCGUGUGACCGAUCUAAACCGGCAGCAAACCGUCGCCACCAUGAAGCACGAUAUCGACCUGGAUUGGGUCACGUUGAACAAUGCCGGCACAGUGGUGGUGGCCCGGGAUGUGCGGUACGCGGUGAUGCUGUUCUUUGUGGGGAGCAAGGACAAAAUGGUGAUGUGCCAGCGCUCGACAUUUGUGGAACUGGUGCAGGGAACUGACACGUUGGUGGUGCAGGAAGAUAAAAUGAUGAGAGUGUGGUCGAAUAUUUCCGAUGGGAAAGAUGGCAAAGAUGCCAUGGCUGAGCAAAAAAAGCCAAUCGAGGGGAAAAUCUCCGAAAUUGUGCAGCGAAGCGGUCAGAUUAUUGUGCAAGUGCAAAACGGGGAUGAGAUUGUCACCCAUGUCCUGGAAGACGAUAGCGGUCAGUUCGACAAUGCUCUCAAGAGACUGGAUUUGGACCGGGCUUUCGCUUAUUGGACCGCCACACCGGAAUCGCCCGUGAAGGAAUCCAAUUUUCAAACUCUGAUUAUCAAGUGUCUGGAUAACCGGAACUUUCAACUGGCCGAACGAGUGUUUGCCUCGCGAAAAGAUCCCCGUGAGAAAGAUAUUAAGGAUCUAGUGGCACGGACCCAAAGCCUGCAGAAGGAGCAUAAUCGACCGUUGGAGGAAAUUUUGGGCCAUUAUACGGUGAAAGCGAACAUUGAGCGACUGAAAGGCGAUUUUUCCGCUGCCGAGAAGAUCUUACUAGCCCAGCGAGAUCACAAGCGCGCCAUCGUCAUGCAAAGCAACGCCGAGAACUACGUGCGGGCUUUACAGGUGGCGCAGGAGUACGAACCAGCUCUCGUUCCGGACCUGGUGACAAAGUACCAAUCCCAACUGACCAAGGAAAAUAAGAUAGGACCACUAGGACUGAUCCUGGCGUACACCGGACAUCUGGGCGAAGCGGCCAAUUUGUAUCUGGCUCCGCCUUUUAAACCGCUGGAAGCCUAUCGUUUGGUGGUUGCCUAUCCGGAGACUGUCAAAACUGCGGAGGGCAAGGUGCUACUGGAUCAGUUAGUGCCGGUGUUGCGAAAAAGCGGUCUGUGGGAGAUGGUGGGAAGGGUGUCUGAACUGCGAGGUGAAGUGGACGCAGCACUGGAGGCGUACCGUAAAGGUCACAUUUAUGAACAUGCCAUUGAAUAUGCGCGACAACACCGACCGGAAGACGUAGUACCACUGGAGACCGAAUGUGCGCGGUACUUGGUCGGUAUUCGGAAGUGGCAGGAUGCCAUAUCGCACUUCAUUGAAGCGAACAUGAAUGUCGAAGCGCUGGAAGCGGCCAUUCACUGCUUGGAUUUUAAAAAAGCCGCGGAAAUUCUGUCGGUCGUGGAGGAUAAUGCGAUUGUUAAAGAAUACGGCCAGCGGUUAGCGGUCCACUUCCAAGACAGGGAUGAAUUACAAGAAGCUGUGGAGAUGUACCGCAAAAUCGGUAAGCCUAAGGAGGCCAUUAAAAUGUAUUUAUCUCGCGGGAAAAUCGACGAAGCUUUCGCUUACGCGGAGAGAUCUAUGAAAACGAACGAUGCACUAGAGAUAUUUCGCAAUGAGGCCCAAACCAUGGUUACUGCUAAGCGGUACUCGGAAGCCGAAAGAUUAUUUCUUCUUCUGCGUGAUCCCGACGCUGCUGUGGACAUGUACAUGCGUGCGGAACAAUUUCAGCGCGCCAUCGCUUUAGUGAAAGCUCAUAAACCGCACCUUCUUGAUGAUAUCCACACACAAAUCGGAGAAAUUUGCCGAAAAAAUGGCAACCUUCGCCAAGCGGAAUUGUACUAUUCUAAAGCUCAGCGCUACAAGGAGCUGGUACAGAUGUACGUCGAAGAUGAGAAAUGGCCGGACGCGUUCCGCUCGGCACAGGAACAUAUGAAAGAAAUGGCCGAUGAUAUUCUGUAUUUGUGGAUCGGCCGGUUGGGUGUCCAGGAUGGGAUCGCGAUUUUACGUAAUCUGGGCGUGGCCAAAGAGUUUAUCCGUAUGGCGAUGCGAUCGGGGGAAUUCGAUAAUGCAUCCCAAGUCGCCAACGAAAUCGCUCCGGAUUUACUUCCCGAAAUCUCCAUCCAACGAGCCAAUAUGUUAGCGGAAAGCGGUCAGCAUGAGGAGGCGGAACGAGAAUAUCUGGCGGCGGAUAAUCCAAAUCAGGCGAUCCAGAUGUACAUCGAUGCCAACAAGUGGUCGGAAGCCAUCCGUUUAACGACGACGUACUUCCCGGAUGAACUGCCACAGGUGCUCAUGUCGCACGCGGUGCUGCUGUCCGACAGUGGGCAGUACCAUGAAGCGGAGCACGAAUUCCUGAAUCUCAACCGACCCGAUCAUGUCAUCAAUAUGUACAAAAGUCAAAACAUGUGGGAGGAUGCUAUUCGCGUUGCACGACAGUAUCGUCCGGCGGAAGCGCAAGCUCUCGAGAUGCAGUCAAAUAAAGCAGCCAUCACACGGCCGCGAACCGGUCGACCGGGUGACCAACUAAUUCAGCAAGCACGCGGCAAGGAAGACAGUUCGGAUUACACGGCUGCUGUCAAACUGUAUUUGCGCUAUUUACAAGAAACGCCCUCAGCCGAUCCGAAUCAACUUGUCCGCGUGUGCGCUCGUGUCCGCGAGCUGGCAACUUCCUUUCUGGGCGAAUUGGAAGCCAGGAAUGCGUUAGAAAUCGUCGCCAAUAAGCUGCUUUCCCUGAAUCGUUCUAACAUAGCUGCUGGGAUAUUUUCCGAGAUUGGUGACACGGAGAAAGCGCUGGAUGUGUAUAUGGAAGCCAAUAUAUGGGAAGAAGCGCGCGCGUUAGUUCUCCGCUUACAGAAUCCGCAGUUGACGAAACGCUUGGAUGCGCGGUAUAAAGACGCGCUGCGCACUCAAGGAAAAGUCGAUCAGCUAGCUUCGAUGGAUGCCGCAUCGGCUGUGGAGAUCUACGCUCGCAACGGUGAAUGGGAAAAAUGUUUAAAAGUUUGCAUGGAAAUUCGUGAUCUAAAGCUUCUGGCCAAGUAUCUGCAACAGUAUGCUUCGGUGUUAUUAAAAAACGGUGAAGACGUGAAGGCACUGGAAUUGCUGACCAAUUAUGGUGCACCGGUUACUGAUGCUGGUUUAAUCGGCAUUUAUCGGCAACUUUUCUAUACAUUUCUGCCGCAGACAUUUAAAGACAUCGGUGAAGGCUUUAGAAUUUGGUCCAGCAUGCGUGACCUGAUUUUUAAUAUGGGCGAAAACGUGCUGCGCAGUAAUACUGAAAUUUCUGUCGGAGUGACAGCUGAAUUUGAAAAGUACCUGCAGAUCUCGCUGUAUUACGCCAGCCAUUAUUCCAUGAUUUCCGAAGAAAGUACCAAAGAAAUGGCGUAUAUGAUUCUGCUGAGUCUUCUGCGCUAUUCCGAUGUAAUUAAUCCAGACAAAGCGUUCUAUGAUGCCGGUCGAGCAGCCAAAGAGCUGAAAUUCAGCGGGACAGCGGAUGUCCUGCUGAAUUUUUACCUGGAUUGGCGGGAGUGCAUCAUCCAUCAGAAUAUCGGUUUGGUUGACUAUGCACAGUUUGCCGGUUCGGAUAUUCCGGUGAAUGUGAAAAUACCCAGCGAUCAUUCUGUAACGAAUGAAGCUUACGAAGAGGUUAAAACGUGGAUUAUGAAAGCGGCUCUGGAUCGUAAUUUGAAGUUUGAGUUAAAGAAGGAUGAACGAGGAGUUUUUGAGAUUUCCUUAUCCGGUGGCCGUUAUCCACCAUGUGUUCUGACCGGCUAUCCUGUACUGAGCAAUGGUGUGAAACUUGGUACCACCGGUCGAUACGCACGAAAAGCGGAUCUUAACCGAUUUCUACAAGCUAUUCGAAGCACUCGCAGUGAGAAGCUGGAAGAUCUCCGACGAUUCCUGGUGAAAUGGUGCGGAGCGGCGACGGAACUCAACUACGCAUUCGUUUGAACGCAAGGAUUGGUUUCUUCGGUUAUGCGGUCGAUCAGACAAAAAACUAAAUGUUUUGUUAUUGAUAUUAGCCAUAUUACUCGUGUUGCGUGUUCACUUGCCAUCCAGAUCAAUGAAUUUAUUUAUAAACUGUUAGAUCCUACGGACCGCAACCAUUACUAUACACGUGGACACUCAAACAGCGUUCUCCGUUAACGCUGCUGUCGACGACGUGGUAGCCAGUGGAGGAGCGAUAACAAAACUUCCCUGUUGUGGGAGCUGACCUAACGGUUUUCGCUCUAACUCGUGCCACCAGUCGUCCGGCAUGGUGUUUAGUAGGUCGCGCGUC